AUGAGUAAAUAGGAAUUCGAUAUAGGAUUUUUAGUUGAUCUCAUUAAUUUGCCUGUAGAACAAAACAUUAACAUUGAUCAAUAUGUAGAGGUAAGCAUUAUGCAAUCAAAAAUCACUAUUACAAACGCAGAUUUCAAUUCAGAACUUAUUGAGCUACCUUCAUCUAGAUGUCAAAUCGGAAGAUUCAAAGGAGAGUUAGCUUAGACUAAAACUUUUGAUAUAACCAACAAAUUUAAUUGCAUAACUAAUACUAAAAUUGCAUUUUAAGGGUCAUAUUAUACUGAAAAAGCUUAAUUGCUUCAAAUAUUAGUUAAAAAAUGUAAUCAAAAGAAUCUAAAUGCUAAGAAUAAAAAUAUAACUUGCGCCUCUAAAAAGGAAAUGGACGAUAUUUUAAACCACAUAACAUUAACCAUUCUAAUGACAAAUUAAUAUAUUGAUGUGAAUGAAAAGUCUGGAAAUCCAAUUAAAACGGUCUUGAAGAAUUUUUAUGCAACAGUAAAGUCUGAUCUUUCACUUUCGUAUGAACUAAGGAUAGGAGAAAAUUAUCUUAUUUAAAGCACUAAUUCAUUAUCCAACUUGCUUGGUUAAUAAAACUUGACAUACUACACUAUAAGAGAUGAUUCUAUGUAGAUAGGAGAUAAUACUAAGUCGGAUACAUUGAUCUCAUUCCAGAUACUUCUUGAUGAUGUGGUUACCUCGACUAACUUAGAAUUAUUUACAUUAUCAGAUGCUCUAUCAAAUACUGGAGGUAUCAUUGGAAUUAUCACAAUCGUUGUUUAAGUAUUAGUUUAUAACCUGCAAGAAUAUUUGUAUUACCAAUCAAUGAUUAAACACACUAAAAUGUAAGGAUUGAAUAAAACUAAGAAAAUUAAGAACUACCAUCCAAUUAGAGAGACUAAAAUUUGUAAAAAGCAACUAAACUAGGAAACUUAAUUAAUGACUUAAAAAAUUGAGAUUUUGUUCAAGUAGGCUAAACAAAAACUAGAUGAAAAGUUUGAAGUUAUCAAAGUAUUAAAGAAUCACCAAAUGCUAAAAUUCAUAAAAUAAGUAUCUCUUGCCAAAUAUUAGAGAAAACUUAUGCCUUAUUUCAAGCAAAAUUUAAUUAGAAUAAAAGAUAAGGACAGUAUUGAUCACAUCUAAAAUCAAACUAAAAUUUAAGAUAAACUUAUACUCUAAAAUAGAUCUAAUGAAGAGCAUUUGAUAACUUGGAAUGAUCUAACUAAGAAUUAAAAAAGUAUUACCAAAUUGUACUUGGCUUAGGUUAUCCAUAAUAUAAGUUAAAAUGCUUUUGAUAAAAGAAUAUUGAAAAAUCUUGAUUAAAAUGUUUCUAAUAAGUAAAAUAGCUAGAUUAAAAAUAAAAUAGGAGAAAAAGCUAUUCUUUUUAGGCUUCAAGAAAAAUAUAAUGACCAAAAUAUAGAUAAUGGCGAAGAUAAGAAAAAUUCUGAAAGGUAUAAUAUCGGUAUUAAAGAAGAAGUUUAGUUUCAAACUUAAAUAUAGGAAAAUUUUACUAGCAAUAAUUAGAUUGAUACAACAAAUAUGAAUUUGCAAGAGGAUGAUAGUAAUUUCUUUAAUGAAUUUAUUGAAAAAGAAUUUAAUAUUUGA